UGGGAGGUCUGUCGGUGUAACAGCGGUGUGGUGGAUUCAGUGUGAAGUGUUUUUUUUACUUCAACUGUCUUUAGUUCAACACUUUACUCUGUGUGAGCUGAAUAAAGUUGUGAGGAGAAGCGCGCAACUUUUGGAUCAAACUCCUCUUUUUGGAUAGAAAGCUUUAUUACGCGCGUCUCCAAAAACAACUCGCAGCUCUUUAACUUUACUUUCCUGCCUGCUACGAUGGCAGAGGACAACAACGUGUUGCCUGAUUUGAAGGAUAUAGAGACAAAGUUGGGUCUUAAAGUCCCGGAGAGUCUCAUUCGGUCUCUGGCUGGAGGAAAGCAUCAAGACAAGCAGGACAAGUCCACAGCAGCAGCAGCAGGAACAGCGCAUUUAGGGAACUGCAAACGGUAUGCCAAGAAUGCGGACUUGACAAGACUGGAGAGCAAGAUGCUAUUCCUAAAACAAGAAAUGGCACAUCUACGAGCCAUCGACGUGAAGCUGAUGCAGCAGCUCAUGUCAAUCAACGAGGGCAUCGAGUCCAUCCGCUGGAUGAUGGAAGACAAAGGAGGCGUGGCCAGCCAAGAGGGCAGCCUGACGGGCAGCUUGUACAGCCUGUCGGACAGCCAGGACGGUACCUCGCUGCGAGGCAGCUUCAACAGCUUGAAUGACGCCAACAGCGACGGGCUGGACGGUCUGUCGGUGGGUAGCUACUUGGACACUCUGGAGGACCUCCCGGACCACCCCUCGCCUACGGAUCUUGACUGUUUUGUGGAUAAAACGGUUAUCGAUGGCGAAGCUUUCAGCAAAUCGCCACUGAAACUCAGGGUGGAAUCAGAUGAAUACUACUGCUUUGGAUAAUGAUAAGCUUAAAACAGUGGUUACAGAGACUACUGAGAUGUUCUGCGAAGAAAGAUUUAAAAAUGUGUUCUCUUCACUUGUCAGAAUAUUUUCCCCACAUGCUUCACAUUUUUCUUAUUAUAGCAACAGCCAAAGUGUUGGUAAGACUUGUUACUUUUCACCUUGAAACCAGCUUCCUCCACCUCAUCAAACCAUUGCCACUUAAUGUCACAAAUGCAAGUGAAAACAUCAUAACAGUUCUUUAUGUCUUAAUAUUUUAUCAUGCAGGUCAAUUAUAUUAAAAGGGUGCUCUUAUAUGAUUUAAAGAUUUUAUUUAUUGUGGAGUUAUCCAAUACCUCAGCAGUUUUAUUAGCAUUUUAAAAUUACUGAAGAUGGGGUGAAUAAAAGUAGCAACAUGAGCUGAACUGCAAAUUUCCUUCUUUAUAUGUGGAAAAUUCCACGUUGUGUUGGGUCAACCACAAUCAGCUGAUCUAAGUGAAGGAGUAGAUUAGGAUUUAGCAGCCAUUUGGAAAAUUGGACAUUUCAUGCUGAGUGAUUCAAGUGGGUAAACUAUUUAAAGUGCUAAGUUUAAGUGUUACAGCAAGUGCAAUUUGCUUCCAUGCCAAAUUCUGAGCACCACUUACUAUUAAGCUUUUUAAUUAUUUUUUGCUUAAAUGUUUUGACUGGUGGAAGUUCCUCAGAUAUAAGAGUAGAAUUUACAUGUACACUCAAGAGAUUAGUAGCACGUUCAAAGCACAGAUGCUUGACUGAAAACCAAAAGCAAUUUGAUUGUCUUUAUAGAUAAUUUAGGCCUGAGGUGAAACCCUGUUAGCACCAGAUGGAAGACGUUGUUGAUGGUGGACAUAUGGGAAACACAUGUUUGCUUUGUGGGCACAUUUUAAUUCUCUGUGGUCAAAACAAAAGGUUUGUCGUUUUAGCUUUAAACUCGUUAUGUUGAUUUGUUUGACGUUUGUAUUUUACGCUGUCUGCAUUUGAAAGAAAAACAUGUUUUUAUUGAUUGCUGUUAAUUUUGUUGUGGAAAUGAAAUAAUAUAUUGUGAUUUUUCUCCUGCU